AACAAAACAUUAGCUUUCGAACCUUAGAGAAACAAUGAAACAUUUAUUAGCAUGUGUAUUAUGAUAUAAUAUCAGUAUAUAUAACAAAAAUAAAAAUUCCGUCCACGACUUGAAUUAUGAAGACAAUAACUCCCAGAACAUAUAAUUAUUGGUUCCGAAAGCGAUAACAUGAUAUCUCCUUGCACAAAUAUAUUUCAGGGCACCCCAAUGGUUAUCAAUUGAAAAAAAUAGCCAUUUAUUUUUACUGCGAAAAUUCUAUUGUAAAAUAUUGCAAUAUUCAAAUGACUUUCUGGAGUUGACUGAAGUCAUAAUUUUUCAAUGCUACGUUAAUGUAGUGGAGUAGUCAUGUUCGCGAGUGGAAUUCAUAAUCAUCAACGAUGUUAUGGUGGAUUCUGCACUAACUCUCAAUUAUCCACCAAAUUUCCAUCUCUUCAACACAAAGCUAAGAGAGACACAUUAAGUUCUUAUACGCUUUCUAAAAUCUCCGAUAAUUUUUCAGUAUCACUAACAAUUUGUUGUUGAAUUUAAGCGAUAAAACAAAGCAUUGAAAACUUAAUUUUUUUUCUAUAUUUUGAUAAGAUAUUUCACCAAGUAGUUUCAAUGCAUCGUACAGUUGAAACAAUGGCUUUAAAAAGGGGAGAACAAUGUUAGCCAUCGCGGGACAUUCAUUAGUAAAUAUCGAAUUCUAACUUAUUGUAUUUUGCUGAUGGAGGGCGUAUUUUCCAUAUCCGUCGAAAACAAAAAAAAUUAGUGGAACGCUGAUGAUUGAAUUAUUGGAUAACGAAUAAUGCCCCAUAAUCGAAAUGUUUCGUAUGACCAAAUAAUUGACAUUUUUUGCGUAACAAGUAUUGCAUAAUAAAGCCGGUUGGCAACUUUUCUCCAACAUUAUUUAUUUUCCAUCAAGGGAGCAUCAAUUGUUGCCAAUUAACAGUUAUUGCGGUGUACGAGGGUUAAAUAAAAAUGUUUUACAAACGGAUUGAUCCGGGCCUCUAUUUGCUAGCUCGAUAACGGUCAGUGGUAACGAGUAGGGAGGGACCUGUUCUGCGAUAUGAUUCCCGUAGAAAUACCCGUUUUCGUUCAGUUUUCGUGCUAAUCUCGGAGAAGCUCCUUUAAGUAGAAGAAGGGAAGAAACUAAGUGCCGAAAAAAGUGUGUGAAUAAAAAAAUUUGAGUGAAGUUUAGAUAUUAAAAAAAUAGGGAAGAUGUAUGAGAGGCGACAAUCAGUAGAUGUUUACGCGGAAGAACACAACAUCGACACUGCUGUUGAAGUGGCCGGGUUCGGUAAAUUUAAUCUUAAAAUCGUGAUAGUGAGUGGUCUAAUUCUCCUCAACACUGCCUUCAGUAUCAGCAACGUUGGUCUGAUACUACCUUCGGCUGCAUGUGAUUUUAGUUUGACAACUGCGGACAAAAGUCACCUGUCCACAGCUCCAAUAUUAGGAAUGAUGAUAGGAUCGUAUUUUUGGGGCUGCUUAGCCGACUUGCAAGGUCGGAAGUUUGUUCUUCUCGCAGCUCUUUUUUCUCAAGGAAUAUUCGAAGCCUUGUCUUCCGUCAUUCCAAACUAUUGGACAUUUCUUGUGCUCAAGUUUUUCAGUGGUUUCUCUGUUAACGGCCAAACUGCGGUUGCGUUCACGUACCUGGGAGAAUUUCAAUCGUCAAGACGGAGGGAAAGGACUCUUUGUUGGCUGGAAUUGGCCUGGUCUCUAGGACUAAUUGGACUACCCCUCGUUGGAUGGGGCAUAAUUCCUCUUGAAAUUUCGUAUACGACGAGAUACUUUCAUUUUUACUCUUGGAACUUAUUCGUAUUAAUUUGCUCUUUGCCGGCUUUGGCAAUAGGGCUAUGGCUUUUGACAUUUCCCGAGACACCGAAGUAUCUUGCGGAAUCUGGUGAUGAUGCUAAACUCGCUGACACUCUUGAUCUAAUGCAUAAAGAAAAUACUGGCAAAUCGUUCGAUGAGUAUCUAGAAAAAUUGGAGGAGUGCGGUGAAGUUGAAUUCUGCACUAGAUUGAAGGCUCGUUCAAACGCUACGGGAAAUGAUACUUCACAAUUGGAAAAAAUUGUCAAGAUAUUCGCUCAAGUGUACCUACAAACUAUAGAAAUAUUAAAACCGCCAUUUUUGCAAAGGACUGCCAUAUCCUGCGCCAUAAUGUUCUGUCUCGGCUCGUCAUACUACGCCCUGACAAUAUGGUUUCCCGAGAUAUUCACGAGAUUCGCCAAAUUCGAAGUGAAAUUUCCCGGUGAAUCGGCGAGUGUCUGCAGCAUCACUAAAUUGUACUCAAUUAAUGCAACUAAUGUAACUCAGGAGUGUCCAGUGCACAUACCAACCAAUGUUUACAUGCAUAUGGUAAUUCUUGGUGGUGCCUGCAUUCCUCUAAGUCUCCUUCUUCCUGUUUUUGUGGACUCUCUUGGAUAUAAAUUUUAUUUAAUUUCUUCGAGUAUUGUUGCAUCAGCUGUCACCAUGGGACUUUUUUUUGUGCGAUCAUCUACUCAAAAUCUCGUCCUAUCCGCUAUUUACGAAGCGUUCACCUCCAUCGGGAUGAGUAUUGUUCUCUGUAUAUUGAUUGAAAUUUUUCCCACGAAAUUCAGGGCAACGGCCUCAGCUCUGGCAGUAUUUUUCAUAAGAGUCGGUGCACUAUUCGGAAAUUUACUCCUCGGAUUUUUAAUCGAUAAUUACUGCAUGCCUAUCAUCAUCGUUCUUGCUGUGCAGCUACUUGCUUGUGCUUUUCUUGGACUAUUGAUUCCCCUGAAGAGGACAGUAAAAAAAAUCCCGGAUGAGAAUGAAGUUACAUCCCUUUGAAACACUACUGCAACAUCGAAACAGUCGUCUAGUCAUAAUCAACUUUGUGUAAAGACAAUCUAUAAUUCAUACACUGCUUCUAGAAUAUCCAUUUUCACUCUAAUUGCAUAAAGUGAAGUGUCAAAAUAAAACAAGUGUUUAAUUCAAUUGGAUCGUAUUGAUGUUUCAUGAUGGGAUUUACAUAAUUGUUCGAGACGACGAGUUGCUCAUGUCAUACACCAUGUCAUCGUACAUUCGAAGGAGAGUGAGCGGUGUGAUGUACUAGAUCAGUUUUAUCAUAAAUCACAAUCAAAAUGCUACAUUUAUUUU